AUGAAGCUGACCGACGCGCAAGUCAUCGAAAUGCUGAGCAAACAGCUGCAGGUGGUCGAAGCCGAACGCGAUUCCGUGAAACUGGAGAAUCAGAAGCUGGAGAUGGCACUGCAGAGAAAGACGGAGUGCUGCCGGCUAGCCGUCGAGAAGAUUCUCGAAAACGUCGAUAGAGUUGGAGAGCUCAAAAAGAUCAAUAUCGACUUGCAAAAGAAAAUGCACGAGAAGAAUGUGUGCAUCAAGGAGAAGAAUAAAGAGAUUGAGGCGUUGAAAGGAGAGAAGAAAGCGAUGAGCAAGGAGAAGAAUGUGUUGGCGGAAGAGCUCAGAACGAAGAAGAUGAGAAUGAUCGACGUGGAAAACAACGAUUCGAAGACGGAGAAUCUGGAGAAGGAGUUGGCGGAGAUGACGGCGGAGGCGGAACGACUCCAGAAGACGUUCGAGUAUCAGCUUCUGUGGAUGGAAGGAUGGACGACGAUUCAGGGAGAUCUCAUCGGAAAAGUGCUGAGCGGUCAUAACGUGGUCCUGACGGCGCGCGAGCAGCGGGUGCAGGAAUUGGAGCAAGAGUUGAAGAGAGCGAAGGACGUGCUGACGCAGAGAGAAAUCGAAUGGGACUACUGGAAGCUGGACAACAAAUACGAGAUGGAAGCGAUGAGAAAUCGACUGAAUAAGAUCAUCUCGCAAUCAUAA